CCGACCCCUAUUCUCUUUCUAUUCCCCUUUCUGUAUAGACCAAAUCGACCCGAGUCUCCGUCGCCAGAGGACAGAAGAUGGAGAUCCAGGAGGUGGUUGUACUCUUUGAUAGAGAUGAAGAGGGAGCUUCUUGUCCAGUACGUAAGGAAGAACACGCUGUGGCCGCCGCCACAUUUUGGAAGAAAGCAGAGAAGAAGGUUGCAGAGGACGCCGCUUGCUGGUCCAAGCAGCGCCGCCUUGCCGGCUCCGCUGGCGGAUCGAAGGCCCGCCAAGACGCCGUCCCCGGUGGCGGCUUCACGAAGCGCCGCCGUGCCGUUGGUCGCAGUUCGAGCAAGCGCCACGACGCUGUCGCCGCAAGCGGAUCGAGGAAGCGCGAAGACACCGUCGCCGCUGGCGGGUCGAGGAAGCGCCGUCAUGCCUCCUCCGCUGCCGGAUCGAUAAAUCGCGAAGACGCCAUCGCUGUUGGUGGGUCCUGGAAGCGUCGCCAUGCCGUCUCUGCGGGCGGAUCUGUGAUUGUGGGUCCUGGAAGUGUCACUUUUCCUGUUGUAUAACUAUAUUUGUGAU